CGGCGGGGACGGGCGGCUCGGCGGAUGCCGGCGGCGGCGGCGGCGGCGGCGGAGGCUCGGCGGCCCCGGGCGGCGGCGGCGGCGGCGGCUCGGCGGGUGACGGGUCCCGCGCCCCCCGCAGCAUGAUCCGCGGCGCCUGGAUGUACCCCCGCGGGGGCGCCGCCGGCGGGGCCGUGUGCUGCGCCCCGCGCCGCAGCGACAAGCCGGUGGCCGACCCGGAGCGGGCGCAGAAAUGGCGCCUCUCGCUGGCCUCCCUCCUCUUCUUCACCGUGCUCCUCUCCGACCAUCUGUGGCUCUGCGCCGGGGCCAAGCUGCGAGCCCGCGAGCGGAGCGGGGCCGGCCGGGCGAGGGGCCGCUCGCCGCGGGCUCUGCUGGCCGCCGAGCCGGCGGGGGGCAGCUGCGAAGCCCUGCUGGGCAACCUCAGCCGGGCCGGGGGCCACUGCCCCCCCCCCCGCGGCGACCUGGACUCGGCGUGCGCCCGGCUGCACGCCCUGCAGCGCCCGCCGCUCCGCGCGCCGCCCCCCGCCGCCAGGAGCACCCUGCUGCAGGCGCACUUCAGGAACUUCAACCUCUCCUUUUGUGAUACUUACACGAUCUGGGACCUGCUGCGGGAGAUGGGCGGCCCGGACGGCCUGGACUGCAGCCUGGACACCCUGGUGCUGGAGCUGGUGGCGGCCGGGGACGCCUGCAGCACCUGCGUCCAAGCGUACCAGCGCCUGGACCAGCACGCGCAGGAGAAGUACGAGGAGUUCGACCUCCUCCUGGAGAAGUACUUGCAGUCGGAGGAGUACUCGGUCAGAUCCUGCUUGACGGACUGCAAGGCUGUCUACAAGGCCUGGCUGUGCUCCGAGUAUUUCAACGUGACCCAACAACAGUGCCGACAGCGGAUCCCAUGCAAGCAAUACUGCCUGGAGGUGCAGACCAGGUGUCCUUUCGUGUUACCGGACAAUGACGAGCUGAUCUAUGGAGGUUUGCCUGGCUUCAUCUGUACGGGGCUGCUGGAGAACCAGCUGCCCGACGAGGAGGCCAAGUGCUGCAAGGUGCAAUGGGACUCCUGCGACCACCCCCCAGACAGCAACGACAACUCAUCGCCCACGUCCACAGCGUCCGAGUCACUCCAUUUCCACCGCCACGACCCCCACCUCCAUCACCAGCGGCAGAACCACUACCACCUCUACCACCACCACCACCAGUACUACCAGUCCCACUCGCCAUCCUUGCUGCCGGUCUCCGCGGGGUCUCGCCUCGGCAGCAGCAGGAUCAGACUCUGCGUGCUGGUCCUGAUGCUUCUCCACACCAUGGUGUCCUUCUCAAGCGUGCACGGCGGCGGCGGAGGACUCAGCCUGGAGGCCCUGCCCGCUGUGGAGGAGAGCGUGGCGCGGGAUGAGUGACGCGGAGGGGAAGGCUGACCUCCAAGAACGCCAGAUCUCUUUCCACGAAGGGGGGCACAUGCUAUUCCUCCAAUGGGAGGCACGGGAUUGGGGGUGAUGCGCGCACACCCACCCCCACUCAUACCCCCAAGAGCUGCUCGCCGCGGGGCAUCCCCGUGAUGAAGAGUCUCUAAUGCGCACAGGGCUGCGGGACUCGGCGUUGAGAAGGGUUCGGUCAGUAGCAGCCAGGCAGCGCCAGCGCAGGAAGGUACGGCGGGGGGAGCAGAGGAGAGGGGGUCCCUUUGGAAGGAGGGUCUGCCUGGGACUGCCGUGCAUCUCCCGGCCACCUGCCGCGAGUGCCUUGGGCGCCCGCACCGUACCCACCAGCGACGUGCCAAGGGUUUGACAGCCUAGCUCCCGAUUCUUUUCCUUCUCAGUCUACAUCCCAAAGGGCCACGCGGGCAGGGAGGCAGCACCUCUCCGCACAGCCUUGCCUGCCCAUCUCCUGUCCCACGGGAAAAACCCACCAAUUCAAGGCAGAAUCAUCCCUGUGGGGUGCAGCAUCCUCAGCGCGGCAUUCCCUGCCGCACAGCCCGGGCUCAUCCCCACGCUGGUGGGAUUUGGGGCACAGGAGUGGGGCGGUGUUACGCUGCACUGUGGUACUACUUGGGGUUCAUCUCGUUAUCCCCUCAACCUGCUCCUCCAGCCUUGCCUCUCCUGUUCCUCUGUGCAAGGAGGUGGAGGGGGAGAGGGAGGGAGGAGGUGCAGAGCAGGAAGGUCCCCAGCAUCCCUGUGUCCCUCUGUCCUGAUGAUUUGGUUUAACCUCUUUUGGCUUCUUUCCUGGCUGGAGUGACAGGGCUCUAGGAUGAGACAGGGAGAUGUGGCUCCAGCAGUGCACAGGCUCAGCAAAGAGUGGGAUUGCACAUGGUAACAAUUGGACGCAGGGCAUCGGAAGGCAUCCUUCCAUCCUUCCCAGCUACAAAUCAUCGCCUGGAUGGCAGGAGAACUGGGCGAAAGGGCUGGAGAAAUCUGGCUGGGAGGGAGAGUCUCCCGCACAAAGAAGAGGCGCUAAUAAAGCCCAGCAGGGGAAGAAAGUUUUGUGAAUACUUUCUAUCCGUGGAUGCUCCCCAGAUCCCACUAUUUCCAAGGAGCCCAGCUGGGACAGCUGGACGCAGCCGGGCAAGGUGCUGGCUGAUGCAGCCCCAUUUGGGUCACUUGGGCCUGAGCUCGGCAUAGCCAGGGUUCAGCCCCAAAGAGACAUCAGACCCUGCUUCCCUAGGAAAUCCCCACCCAUUAGGAGCUGUUCCCAGCAGGAAUGCUGUGUGGUGGUGCACGAGGGAUGGGGCUGCGUCUUCGGGCCGGGCAUCAGAGAUGGGAAGGUUCAUUCUGGGUCUGGUCGAGGGCAGGGAGGAGGGUGCGUUUUAGCACGAGUCAGCUGCAAAGUGUCCUGGUCACCACAUGGAUGUGACCCUGCUCGUUGCCCACAGAGGACAUGAGAUGGUCCUUCUGUUUCUAUACUGCCUCUGGGUGGGAGAGCCCAUGGCAGAGCCCAGGCUGGGUUGCUGCAGCCUUGCUGGCAGGCAGGGAUGGAGCAGGGGGUGUGUCCUGCAUCUCAGAUUGAUUUCAGCACCUUGUGAGGGCCCAAGUAUCCCAUAGUUGAGGACUGUAGGAGUUUUGUGGCUUCUGGUCUGUUGAGGUGAAGCAAAACCAAGCAGAGCCCCAUGAGCAAAGCUACUUCCUACCUGGCUGGAAGAAGGAAGUACCGGGCAUCUCAUGGGAAGGACAGGUUUCCUGACGUUUCCAGCCCAUUUCCAGACCAAAGAGGCUCUGAGAAGUAGCUGAAUGUUUGAUUUCUGCUUUGACUUGAAUCUCAGAGCUUUGGGGUGAUGUUUACACGCUCUCAUUUACCUGUUACCAAAGUCCCACAGAUACAAAGCCCGCUGUCCCUUGGUUGUUAUCGGGCAGGAGAGAUGAUGGUCAUGGAAGAUGCAGGGAGUGUUUCCCGAGCAGAUUUCCUUGCUGUUGCCACCCAGAAAAGGUAGGACUGUGCUCUUUUGACUGUUCCUCACAGCAUCUGUCUAUUUUCAGUCUAGUUUACACCAGCCUGAGGACUCGGACGUGCGACAGCUCAGCAAAUAGGGAUGUGACUCCUGGUUUGUUCUGCUGGGACGUGAGCGGUGUAGCUGCUUUGCUGACUGGGGCAAGCACGCCGCCAGCCCGAGGGAGGGAGCACGGUCCUGUUCCUGCCUCGAGACAGCCGGAUCCAGUUCGCUCUUAAGGAAAUUAGAUUUUUCAUGUACUGCCAAGAGUUAAGCUAAUUCCAGGCGCCUCUCUCGGAGAUAGGCUGCAUCCAAUCUUGGAACAACUCAUCUAGAGAGAGAAGAAUAGCCCAGUGUGGUGCGUCAGCAAGUGGCCCUGAGUCACCAGCCCUAUUCAUUGUCUGCUGGGGGACACUGAGCAGCGCCCGAGCCUGCGCGCUCGCAGACGGGGCGGCGGUACGGUCUGGCUCUUCUGCACCGUGCGUGUGUGAAUCCAGCACAAAGACCGUUCUUGAGGGGUACCCGUCCUUCUGCCUGCCCUAAGGCUCCUCUGCACCGCCGGCGAGCAGAGCGAUGGCCCCGUGCUUCGGUGUUGGUCCAGGCUCGGGGGGGUUUGGUGGCACUGGGUGCCGAGGUUUUGUGGUGGGCGAUUUCCACAGAGCUGUGGGAGUGAGGUCAAACAGCCCAAGUCCUCUUCAGGGACUAGGGGAGGUGACAGGGGUUUGCUGGGAUAAGUUAGAAGGGGUGACAAAUGUUUUCAGCUUCCAUAACAUCAGCUGAUGAGCUGCAUCUCAGGAGGUAGGGAGCCGGUGCUAUGUCCCACUGAGUCUGGAAGCUGAGCCCUUUGGGAAGAGGGGGUCUUAGUGUGAUGAGUGAGGAGGUGCCGCUGCAUCAGCCUCAUUAGCUGGGGAGUGUGGAGGCUCUGCAGGGCAGUUUUGCCGUAGCUAGAGGAGAUACACACAUUGUCCAAGCUCCGGCUUCGCAGGAGGUGUUCACUUGAGGAUGAGGUGCUGGGUCAGCCCAGAGGCUGCCGGCUCCGCGGGCAGGGGCAGCGCGGGGUGCGGAGCCGUGCUGGCAGGCGCAGGGCUGGGCUCUUACCUAGUGUGACUGGAAGGAAAGUGCUGAGUCUUCACAGACUGAGGUUUUUGGAAGGAGUUCUUUUAUUUCGCGAGUCUGGGCUGCUGUCAAUAAGUUCUGUGGUUUUAGGGCACCAUAUGCUGCAUUCAACACUUUGCCAAUCUCAUUAAAUGAAUCCAGACCAGGCUGUUCACAGAAGAGGCCGGAGCAGCUGGAAGCGCUGUCUGUCGCAGUCCAGCAUUACAAGCCCAUCGCAUAAAAAUCUUCUCUUUGCUCUGACAUUAGAACCAUAAUAAUCCUCCAUCCAGAUUAGCUUUCUCUUUGCCGUGAAGCAAAACGCCCAGAAAGGAGACGUUACCGUUGUCUUGGUAGGUGCCACUGUCACGGUUGUUACGGCAGCGUGAGGUGGCUGUGCCUGCGAUGAGGAGCGAGAGGCACAGCCCCAGCCCCUCCUGUGCACCCUUCCUGCUCCUGCAGCCACCUGGGACCUUGGAAAACACCAGGAUUUAUCCUACUUGGAGUUCAAAACCGAGACGCUUUCUCCUUUUCAUUCAGUAAUCUUAUUUCUUCUCCCCAAAGAAGGGGCCACACGUUUGGAUUAAUAUGUGAAAAUCCACUUUUCCUUCAGUUUUCCUUUUCCCAACUUUAUGCUCAGACAAAAAUGCCCAUGGGAAAGCAGGGAUUCCUCCCUGUGGAGAGGCUGCCGCUGCUUUGCCCGGGAGGCCGCGGGGCGAUGCUGUCCCCGCGGGAUGCAGGAAUGGGCAGAGUGGGCGGGAGGGAAGGUAGCCCGGCUGGAGCAUUAGCCCUGGGUUUUGCACUUUAAUGUAACUGCCAGUUGUACAAAUUAAUUAAAAAUAACCGAAGAAAAAUCCCAAAGAAAGGCCCUGCUUCCUCUGGUGAAGAUUAAUCAUUAGUUGAGCCUUUUUCUUAUGAAAAUACAGAUCCAUGGAAGCCCCAGGCAAAAGAUUCCCAGGGAGAGCCCUCACCAUUCGUGCUCUGCGUUAGGGAAAUCGCUUUGAAAGCAUCUGACAACUAAAGCAGAACAUGUUGAGUAACUUGGCAACACUCAGAAAACAUCUUGAAAUGGUUUUUGUUCAACACAUUUUGCUUUGCUUCAAUAGGAGAUGUCAGGGCAGUUCAUUCACUGCCACUCAGGACUGCAGGCGAUGCUGGGAGACGGUUCCUCUGCCCACGUUUGAGAAAGGAAAAAAGAAAAUCCCUGAUAUCUGCUGCUCCCGGGGCGGGAUCCUCCUCGGAGAUGUGAUGGAGCUUCCCGUUGCGGAGCCCUGUCCGUCCCUUCUGGCCCGCAGGGUCACCCCCAUGCCGCCUUUGCAGGGGAGGCAGGUGAUGCGCAGGGCGUGAGCAGAGGGACAGGGGGACAGAGGGACAGAGGGACAGGGACCCCCUCCUCAGGGAAGGGCCCUGCCUUGUGCUCAGCCUCAGGAUUGAAGGCUCUGCCCUCAACAAGUCGUGCAGUGGCUUGUGAUGGAUUAGAGUGUGAUCCCUCCUGCCACCCUGGGCAGGACCGCCUGUAGCAUGGAUAGAGACAAAUUCGGGAGAGAAAUGCGCAGAUUCCACAAAAAAAUCCUUGUUAAAAUCUAUGUGAUGUGGCAGACAAUUUUGUUUAUAGACUUCGUGUGCUGCCCUGUGGCUCCCCAUCCACAGGGGCAUAAAUCUUUCUUAAAUCACACUUGAAAGGUGAGGAGGGGCAGCGUCUGACGCGCAGGCAGGACGGACGUUGGUGACCACCCACUUCAGCCCAUCAGACACCCGGCAGGGGGACAGGUACCUACAGCAUGAAACCCACCAUCACUCCUUCCCCUGGAGAAGCCUUUUCCAGGCCUCUGGAUCAUGGCAGCUCAAGGGGGCUGCAGAGAUCCGAGCAUCCUUUAGUCAGGAUUCUGGGAAUGAAGCUUUCUGUGUGUUCUCAGUCUGUGCGGCUCUUUGGGCGACUGCUCCCCAUCCUGCGCGUCGCUGCUGGGAGGGAGAUGGGAAAGCCUGCUCCUCUUGUCCUCAGCGCCAGCCAGGAGUGGGAUUUGAAUGAUGAAAAUCCCAGCGGUUUACACCCUCCGAGGCCGGGUUGGAUGGGGUUUUGAGCAACCUGACCCCAGUGGGAGGUGUUGGAUGGACUUUGAGGUCCCUUCCACCCCAAACCAGUCGAUGAUUGUGUGAUUCCGGCAGCCCCAGGCCAAGAGGCAGUGGUCCGUCUCAAGCAUCCUCCUCAAAGCAGGGCUCUGGGGUCCCACGCGUGGGUGCCUGGGUGGGUGCUGGUCCCGCUGCCUGCGGAGCGCUGGGCACGGGGGAAGGAGGGAGCUCAGCACCAUCAGCUGCUCCAGGGCCGUUUCCACAGGGACCUUCAGUUCUGCGCUGCUGGGAGGGAAGGAGCAGCGGGAACGCUGUGCCCGUACCCAAAGCAUAAAUCAUUUUCAAAUACCAAUAGUAAAAAAAUAAUAAUCAUUCUUUUUAAAGGUUGUUGGGAUUUUCUUGCGGGCCCCGGUGCUGAGAGGCAGGCGAUGGGCUGCCAUGCCAUCCCCAUCCCUCCGGCUGCCUUUUGUGUGCAGCCUAUCCAGUGCUUUUGCUCAAAACAAGGUCAGGAGUGUUUCCCCCUCCCGUUAGCACUUGAUGAUGAUGAUUUUCCUUUUUCAGCCCAGGAAGUUGGCAGCUUCGCUUGUUGGAAACUGAAACUCCCCUCCUCCCCCAAAAAAUAAGUUUGGCUUAUGAAAUUUGGGGUUGGUUUUACCAUUUUUAAACCUAUUUAUUUGGGAACUGUACGUGCUUCAGUUGUGAAACAAAAAGAUGUUUCAAGCCAGACAGCUAUUUUUUUUUUUUUAAUUUGAAACUUGUCAAAACAACCCAUAUUGAUGAUUAUGGCCAAUCUUCUCCCAAUUGAGAAAGGGAUCAGGACCAGCCCUUUCCCACAAAACCUUUCAUUUUUAAAAAAUAAAGUGAAAAAAAAAAUAAUUCCAUGACACUUUUUCUGCUCGCACAGUUGGAACUGGUGGCAGUGGAUUGGGAGAGAAUAGCAAUUUGUAAGGAAUUCCACCCAGCUCUGCUUAAAAUAGCAUCCAGCUGGUUUCUUGGGGGCAGUGGGCUGAGCGGCUCCGGGGUGGAAGCGAAAUGGAGAGCUGCCUUUCUUACGGGGAUGGUUUCGGUCCGAGGGGACACACCUUGGGAACUGCUCGGUCAUGUUCCCCUUGGGAAUUGGCUGCCGAGGUGCUACAGCCUGGGAGGAAGCAUCUCACCUUCUCCAGGUCCUCAGCCGGUGCCCCAGCCAUCCCUCUCCCUAAACCGUAUUUUCUUGUCCAAGCCAAACUGAAUCCGGCUUCCUCUGGCCUCCAGUACCUUCAGACGUCACAGAUACGGGAUGCCUUCAAACCAGGAGAUGCUCCCGCGUGUCCGUGGGAGUUUAAAUUUGGCAGAAAGGGGAUCUGGCAGGGAUGCUGCAAGGUGAGAAAAGCAAACACUGCAGUUCCACGAGGAGUGUUUGGAGGGGAGGGGAUGGAAGGGAGCCCCAAAGGGAGCCCCUUCUCCUCUCGGAGCGUGGGAGAUGCUGCUGCGCUGCUGCCGAGGGGUCCCGGUGGGCGCGGGGGACCCGUCCGGGGUGGCGUUGCCGGGGCGCGAGCUGGGUGCUGCUGACCCAACCCUUCUCAAGUGCUUGUGACAUGUCGGUGGUUACAGAGCUCAGACCUAUGGGGAAAAAAAAAGGUCCUUUUACAGCACGCGGUAGCGGGGUGAAACAAAACCAUACUGCUGAAGUCAAAAUAUUCUUUCUAAUCCCCCUGCCCGGUUUGUCUUUCUUUCCAGCUUUCUCCCUCCGCCUCCCGGCCCCUCCCUCUCUGUUCCCACCCCCCCUUCUGUUUCUCUUUCUCCCCUCUGUCAUAAGAAAGUGACUGUGUCCUCGAGGGGACAGUUUUCUUAUGCCAUUUUAUACACUGUGCUUCAUGUUUAGAACUUUUUUGCACUAGUUCCUAUUACAUUUAUUUUCCAAAAUGGUUUGACAAAAAACAAACAAACAAAAAAAAAAAACCCAACAAAAACACAAAACCAUGCUAUAAUUCAGUUGUAUUAAAAAUAUUAUCCUACUACUCUCUGUGUUCAAUAGUCUCUGUACCUGUAAUGCUUUCAGUUCUGUUGUAUUUUGGGGCAGAGGUUUUCUCCGCUCCGUGUUUAACCCA